CGCCCAGUGCGCGUGCACCGGCUGCCGGCCCGUAGGGAGCAUGGCUGCGUCUUCGAGUGGCGAGAAGGAGAAGGAGCGGCUGGGAGGUGGCUUGGGAGCGGCAGGUGGUAACAGCACGCGCGAGCGGCUGUUGUCUGCGCUUGAAGAUCUGGAAGUCCUGUCAAGGGAACUUAUAGAAAUGCUGGCAAUUUCAAGAAACCAAAAAUUAUUACAGCCUGGAGAGGAAAAUCAGGUCUUAGAGUUGUUAAUUCACCGAGAUGGAGAAUUUCAAGAACUAAUGAAAUUGGCACUUAAUCAGGGAAAAAUCCAUUAUGAAAUGCAAGUUUUAGAAAAAGAAGUAGAGAAGAGAGACAGUGAUAUUCAGCAGCUACAAAAACAGCUAAAGGAAGCAGAACAAAUUCUGGCAACAGCUGUUUACCAAGCAAAAGAGAAACUUAAGUCAAUAGAAAAAGCAAGAAAAGGUGCUAUCUCCUCUGAAGAAAUAAUUAAGUAUGCACAUAGGAUCAGUGCAAGUAAUGCUGUAUGUGCUCCACUGACCUGGGUUCCAGGGGACCCACGGAGACCAUAUCCAACUGAUUUAGAGAUGAGAAGUGGGUUAUUGGGUCAGAUGAACAAUCCUUCUACUAAUGGUGUGAAUGGUCACUUACCAGGGGAUGCACUUGCAGCAGGCAGACUGCCCGGAAUGUCCUUGCUCCACAGUAUCCAUGGCAGUCGAAUGAUAUGUCAGUGAAUAUGCUACCACCAAAUCACAGCAGUGACUUUUUGUUGGAACCUCCUGGGCAUAAUAAAGAAAAUGAAGAUGACGUAGAGGUUAUGUCAACAGACUCCUCAAGCAGUAGUAGUGACUCUGAUUAAGAAACUGUUAAAAGACAGCAACAGAAUUGAAUACUGUAGAAUUCUGUUUCUUAAACAUUGCAGGGAAAUGUAAACUAUUGGCUCGAUAGCAUUGUGCAGCUGGUUAAAAAUCGAAGUGAACUUAAUCUUCAAAGCCCAAAAUCAUGGUUUGAGUUAAAAUAACCCACUAAGCAGAUAUUUAGGGGAUAGUCAAAAUUUACUGUUGGAAAAAAAAGAUGUAGUUGUUCAGUAUUGUCUUAACCUGUUCUGUUCCAGUUAUACUGGAUUUGUACAUGGUCGUUCUGGAAAUAGAUUUGAGGGAAAUGAACUAUGUACAUAUCACUAAUAAGCUUCCUGGAAUUAUUUAGAAAAACAUUUUUAAAAAGGCAGUGUAUUACUGAAUAUGCGUCAUAAUUUCAAAAUAACAAAGCCCUCAUUUGAAAGUGAAGGCUCUUGACUUCUGUUACAAGAAUGGGAAAUUGCCUCAAUUUGUACAGUUUGUAAUUAUUGUAAUUUUUGUAAAUAAAUGUACUUUUGUUUGUACCUG